UACCUCGUUACUUACCUGUAUUUGUAUUUUAUUUAAUGUGACUUUAUGUUGUUUAUCUGUGUAUAUUAUGUUUUCUCAUGUUUUGGUUAUCAUGUAUCAAUUUUUAAAUCCAAGGAUUUCAAGGCCGGCGGCAUGUUAAUGCAACAAUGAAUUUUAAAUUUAAGCGCGCUUGUAUAUCGCGCUAGUUUGAGUAGGGAUUCGGCGCACGCAGAAGUUUCUUUUAGUUUUAGUAGAUUGGUAGAACCGUAGAACGAGAUUGCGUUGUUGUAAAAAUGGCGAGCAUUAAUGUAAAUUAUUGUUCUUGUGCUUUUUACGUACAAAUAAAAUAUUAAAAGAAGAGUACAUCUUUCCAGCUUGUCCAUGCGCGUUUGCUGUAAGAUAACAGAAUUCACAAUAGUAUCGUUUGAAACUUGUGAUGUUGGUCUAAUCUCACGUUACAUUCAGCUUCCUUAGUGCAAGUUAGUUAAUGAAAUGGAGCAGAAAACAAUCAUUAUAACAGGAGCAAAUGCAGGAAUUGGUAAAGAAGCUGCGCUCUCUUUAGCGAAAACCGGAGCACGUAUAAUAAUGGCAUGCAGAAACCAGGAAACAGGCAAAAUAUGUAAAGAUGAAAUAAUAAAUAUAACCGGAAAUACAAAUGUGAUCUUAAAACAAAUUGACUUAUCAUCAUUUGGAUCUAUACGCAACUUUGCCGAAGACAUAAAACAGAACGAAGAAAAAGUGGACAUUUUAAUACACAAUGCAGGCGUUUGGCUAUCACAUCAUCUGCAAACUGAAGAUGGCUUAGACAUGACAAUGGAAACCAACCAUUUUGGACCAUUUUUGCUAACACAUCUACUUAUAGAUAUACUAAAAAGAUCACCUUCGGGUCGAAUAAUUGUAGUUUCAUCUAUAUCUCACUUUUUCGGUCGUUUACUCUUCGACGAGUUGGAAAAUUACGUUCCUCCAUACAUCGGCCAAUUGAAUUAUUUCAAUUCCAAGUUUGCCAAUCUCUGUUUCGCCAAGGAGUUGUCGGUGCGCCUAAAACCUUUUAAUAUAACGGUAAACGCUCUACAUCCGGGGUUAAUUCAAACUGAUAUAUGGAACAGUAUACCGGCGCCGUUCAGUUGGGUCGUAGCGUUAACGAGCAAACUAUUUUUUAAGACUCCGAAGGAGGGAUGUGAAACAAUCGUUUACCUCGCUGAAAGUAAAGAUGUGGAGAAGAUUAGUGGAAAAUAUUUCGUUAACUGCAAGGUGGCGUACUCUUGCAGCGGAACGAAGAAUACGGAGUAUAAUAAAUGGUUUUGGGAGAUUUCUAAACGAACCGUUCAGCUAAAGGAAACGGAUCCACAGAUUUAGCUUUUUGCUUGUCCGUUGUUGUUUGUAAUGUACGCCACAUAGAAUUAGAUGGUAGUUGCGUAGUAGAGAACGUUGGCAUCGCGCUUUGUGGGGUUAUAAUUUUUCCGUCCGUCUGUCCAGGUUGUAAAAAAUUCCCUAUUGUGGGAAGACAGCCGUUUUGAAACAGAAACGAUAGGGGUGCGUAUGGAGAAUUGUCAUAUAUUUGCCAGGUAGAUCUAUAUUGUAAUAAGCGGUCAAAAAGUUUCUUGUGCGGAAAUCUGGUAUAACGUUACCACAUGUUAUUUCAAUUGUUGUUUAUUUUAGACUUGUUUGUAUUUAUUAUGUAAGGAUUUUUGUUACUUGUAAUACUUUUUUGUGUUGGGGCAGCCAAUGCAAAAUAAAGUAUUUUCUUGUCUGUAUGGCAUCGAACACAUUGAUCAUUAAUCAUUAAUUUGUUUUCAAAACAAAGUGUUUAACUGAGUUCGUACCACCACCUAGCAAUAUAUUUGAUCUUUGUAGUGGUCAUCCAGAGUGUACCAACAUUUUUGAAGUUU